AGAAUUUGGAAUGUAGUCAUGGCUGCUGGAGGCGGCGGAAGUUUCAUAAGCAAACCUGCACGAGGAUGGCUACACCCUGAUCACUUAGUCAGCAAAGAAGGAAUUACUUAUGCUGUCAAAUACAUAGGAUGUCUGGAAGUUUAUACGUCUAUGAAAAGCCUGGAUUUUGAGACAAGAUCAUGUGUUGCCAAAAAAUGUAUAAACCGAGUUUGUGAAGCAGCGGGUUUGAAAACUGCUGAUAAAAAACGUAGAGUUUCUCGCAGAGUAUUAAAUGCGAUUGCCGAUAAACCAUGCAUGGAACAUGCAGGCGAUAAUAUAAAUUUAACCAUAAGCAGUACCAGCUUAACGCUGACGAGCUUGGACACUGGUCAAGUAAUUGCCAAGCAUGCGAUGCCUCGGAUUUCAUUUGCCUCAGGAGGUGACACUGAAAUUCUAGACUUUGUCGCUUACGUCGCGAAGGAUGUCCAGGAAUGGCGAGCUUGCUAUGUACUUGAAUGCGGUGGAGGACUGGCUCAGGAUGUUAUUUCGACCAUUGGUCAGGCAUUCGAGCUGAGAUUCAAAGAAUUUUUGACCAAGCCAUCGAGUUUGCACCCUGAAUUGAAUGGUAUUCGAGAGCCAGAUCGUGAUUAUUAUAAUGAUCUUCCUGGUAAAGUCCCGCCGGAUAUAGGACCACCUCCGGUACCGCCACUUCCUAUUACGGCUUCAACGCUUCCUAAUUUGAAACAUCAUUCAAGUUCAAAUUCAAUGAGCUCAAAUAAUACACAGUGUGCGUCUUCGUUAGAUUCCUAUCCUAAUGGAAGAGGAAGAAAUUCUUCUGUUCAAUGGCCUGAAUCCGGAAAUCUUAUUGAUUUAAAUUCCGAUGGUGCAACUGUGAUGCCUUUAACUCCACCUGAGCAUAAUUAUGUUAAUGAUACAGUAAUUGCUGCUAAUAGAGACACUAGAAAAGAACCAUCCUUAUUUGAUGCCUUUGAUAUGCAACCAUUUAGUACAGCUAUAUCUGAAAUGAAUAAGCUGAGCCCCAGGUCACAAAAACAACAAUUAAGACAAGAGGUCUGGUAUCACGGGAGUGUUAGUAGGUCUGAGGCUGAGUCAAUGCUGACUAAAGACGGCGAUUUCCUUGUACGAGAGUCCCAAGGUUCUCCUGGACAAUAUGUUCUCACGGGUAUGAACAAUGGAACGCCUAAGCACUUGCUUUUAAUUGAUCCAGAGGGAGUGGUCCGAACCAAGGAUCGUAUAUUCGACAGCGUUAGUCAUUUAGUUAAUCAUCAUUGCGACAAUGCCCUGCCAAUUAUUUCGGCAGACAGUGCUUUGGUACUGCGAUAUCCAGUACCUCGGCGUACGGAGUUUUAA